UUAACUUUAACUGACUCAAAUGGACUUUGACUGGACGGAGGAGGAUAGACUGGGAAUGAGUCUGCAGCCUGGCUCCGUUUCCAUUGAGAAGGACAGUCAGAACCUCCUCGGCAUCAGCAUAGGGGGAGGGGCACCACUAUGUCCAUGUUUAUACAUUGUACAGGUGUUCGACAACACUCCAGCGGCCAAAAGUGGAGUGCUGGAAGCAGGGGAUGAGUUGAUGGCUGUCAACUCCACUUCUGUCAAAGGGAAGACCAAAGUGGAAGUGGCCAGAAUGAUCCAGAAUGUGAGGAAUGAAGUGACCAUCGGAUACAACAAACUGUCCUGCGAAGCCAGUCAAGGUAAGUCGUUCGACAUAGUGCUGAAGAAGAUGAAGCACAAGAUGGUGGAGAACAUGAGCUCAUCCACUGCAGAUGCUCUGGGACUCAGCAGGGCCAUACUAUGCAAUGAUGGACUCAUUAAGAAGAUGCAGGAGAUGGAGAAGAUAGCGGCCAUAUACAGAGGAAUGAUGAACAACACUCGUGGUCUGUUGUGGGGGUAUUUGAGGAUGGCCCAGGCUCACCGACUGAUGGGGGAGGUGUUCUCCCAGGUGGGGGCCAAGGAGCCCCAGUUCAGUGCCAGUGAGGGAUUCCGCAAGUACGGAGAAGCACACAGAAGCAUGGAGAAGUUUGGGGUGAAGUUGGUGCGAACAGUGAAGCCAAUGGUGAGUGACCUUGACACGUAUCUGAACAAGGCCAUCCCAGACACCAAACACACCAUCAGGAAGUACGCUGACGUCAAGUUCGAAUAUCUCUCCUUCUGCCUCAAGGUUAAAGAGCUAGAUGACGAAGAAUACAGUUACGCCUCCUUAAACGAGCCCCUCUACAGAGUGGAGACAGGAAACUACGAGUACAGACUAGUGCUCAGAUGCAGACAGGAGGCACGCGCCCGCUUCGCCCGCUUGAGGGCGGACGUGUUGGAGAAGAUCGAAUUAUUAGACAAUAAGCAUGUUCAAGAUAUAGUGUACCAGCUGCAGAGAUUUGUGGCUGCCAUGUCUAGGUACAACAACGAUUGCAGAGACCAAAUGGUGGCCAAUGCAGUAUUUCCAAUUGAGGUUGAUGUAAUGAGGAGUACUCUUACCUGUUCUAAAAAGUGGGACUUCUCUGAAGACGGAGAUGGAGAGGGAGACCACGAGAACAUUCUAGAAGACGACUACCCAGAAGAGACUGAAGUGAAUGCGAAGAACAUAAUGGAGAAUGACACCUCUGCUGGACUCCCGACCACUGGCUGCGAUACGUUUCUACUCGAUCAAUUAGCCGAUUUCACUUCACAGCCGCAAAGCUCUUCUCUAGGCCAAAUGAGCAACCAAGAUAUGUUCGGAGAUGUGAACCUGUUUGAUUUUGACCAAACUUUGAACCCAAACUCAAUGGGUCAGGCCAACCCAAACCCAAAUUCGAUUUUGCCAACUAGCCACAGACCAGGAAACAGUUCAAAUGGAAUUGAACAAAAAUUAGAAAACAUAAAUCUAUUAGACUGAAAAACUGAGCUUAUUUGCGAACAAAACCCUUUUUGUGAGAUAUUUAUGAAAACUAUAUGCGAGUUAUGUUUGGUUAUUUGGUUA